AUGGAUGGUGAAAGCAUUGAGGAAUUUAAUACCAUAGAUGAUAGUUUUUCAGAGUUGGUUCCUACUUUGAACAUGUGUUUUGACACUAUGGAAGAAGCAAAGAAAUUUUAUUGUGAGUAUGGAAAAAAAUGUGGCUUUGGUGUUCGAACAAGAACUUCAAAGAAGGACAACAAUAAUGAAGUGUACAACUUGAUAUUAGUAUGUUCAAGGGAAGGUAGAUAUGUUUCUAACAUUCGUCCUGAAGUAAAAACUCUACCUAGUCAGACUAAUCAAUGCCCUGCUGGAAUAACAUUUGCUUCAAAAGAUGACAAAUGGGUUGUCAAGACUGUUGUUCUAGAGCACAGUCAUGAGCUUUGUCCACACACCUCCAAUCUCAUUCGUGCCAAUAGAAAAUUGAACAUGCAUGCGAAACACACAUUGGAAGUUAACAAUGACGCCGAUGUACGUAUAAACAAGAGUUUUCUUAGCAUGGUCAGUGACGCUGGUGGAUAUGAAAAUAUGCAAUUUAUGGAGAGAGAUGCUAGAAACUUCAUCGGUCAACAUAGAAGGUCAGUUUGUAAGGAGGGGGAUGGUCAGAUGCUACUAAGUCACUUUUCAAAAAUGAGAGACCUCAAUAACAAUUUCUUCUACGAACUAGAAAUGGAUGAAGGAAAUAAAAUUACUAGUGUAUUUUGGGCGGACGCUAAAAGCCGAGCUGCUUGUGAGGAAUUUGGAGAUGUGGUGUCUUUUGAUACUACUUAUUUAACAAACAAAUAUGACAUGCCAUUUGCUCCAUUUGUGGGAGUAAACCAUCAUGGACAAUCCAUCCUACUUGGUUGUGGAUUACUUUCAUCGGAGGACACUAGGUCAUUUGUGUGGUUAUUCCAGACUUGGUUAAGAUGUAUGGGCAACAAGGCACCAGACAGUAUUGUUACAGACCAGUGUAAGGCAAUGGCUAAUGCAAUUGAAGAAGUCUUCCCCACAACAAAACAUAGGUGGUGUUUGUGGCACAUAAUGAAAAAGAUACCUGAAAAAUUGCAAGGCUAUAAAAAUUAUCUUGCUAUCAAGAACGAUGUGAAAGUGCUUGUAUAUGACUGUUGUUCCACAGUUGACUUUGAAAUGGGUUGGAAAGAAGUUUUCACGAAAUCAACUUACAAAAUAAUGAAUGGUUAG